GACACUCCGUCUUACUUUCACUCUCGCUCGCGCACACACGUCCCAGACACGCACUCUCUCCAUCUCCAUCUGCUGCUGCUGCUCGUGCUGCUCGUCGUCGCUCCCCAUCGCUCCCCCAUCUCGCCAUGGUCGCCCAACGCCGGUACUCUGUCACAGGCCAAACUCCACCCGACGACGCCGAAGCCAUGAAGGCGCGCUCUCCGAAACUGCAGCCGCUCGACACCAGCGUGCAGACACCGCCCUGCGGCUAUUGUGACAACGGCGCAGAUCUGGCCGCCACAAGUGAGGAGAGCGGGUCGGGGCAGCGGAGAGGCAGGAAAAUGGGCCCGAAUGGCACCAUUGUACGCACGUCGAGCAAGCGAUCGGCCACGCAGCUGCCGUCGCCCAGCUCGCCGUCGCAACAGCUGCCACAGAAGAUUCCGCGAUACCGGCUGAGCCAUCAUGGCCACGGCGACGUGGACAUGGACUCGGACACGGAUUCGGCUUCGGACACGACGGAUGGGCGCGGAGAAGGCAGCGAGGCAGACGACGACCAUGGCCUUGAAAGCCAGGCAACGUCGGUCCCCGAGACGCCCGAGUAUUCACACGCUUGCAGUGGCCUGAGCCUGCCCGAGGCCACGCGCCUUGAGGGGCUGCGCCUGUAUGCGGAGGAGAGGCCGGAUGACGAGCACAUGGACAACUAUGCACUCUCACCGCCGCACUCGAGAAACAACAGCCUCAACUACACGCCGCUCGACGCCGCCAGCGAGCUGCAGGCUGAUUGGGCGGCACACAUUGCCCUGCACCAGGUCAAGCCCGAAACCACACACAUGGAAGCCAUGGAGCCACCGCCCACGGCCGCCCACGACCCCCUCACCUUUAUCACGCUCCCGCCCGAAAUCCGCCAUCAAAUCUACCGCAACUGCGACAACCUCGUCCUCGAAAAACCCCUCGUAUACUGCAUCUCGACGUUCAAUGGCGAGAUGCAGCACCCCCUCGCCUCCGUCUCCCGCCUCGUGCGCUCGGAAGCGCUCGCGAUAUUCUACAGCUACAAUCUCUGGGUCAUCAAGGUCGAGUUCAAGAUGAUGUACGAAGCCUUCCGAGACUGGAUCAUCCGACUUGGCGACGGCGCAGGCUUGCUACGGCUCAUCAACUUCUCGGUGCGAGGCUCACUGUUCAAGCCCAAGAAGAGCCAUACGCAGAGUGUGCUGAUUCACGGCCAUUUGGUGCAGCUUGCUCCUGGCGUCAUUGGGCCGGCCGCGGGGUCGAGAGAGGAGCUGUACUGCCCACCCGAUGGCGAUGCGAGUUUCAAAAUCGACCUCAGCGAGAAGUAUGCCGGCGGGCGAGUACAGCUGGUGCGGAACGAUGGCACAAGCGAAGCGGGCGAAAAGGCACGCGUGUACCUGUGCAAGAUGAUUGAAGGCCUUUGGGAGAAGAGGAGGGCCGGCACGCUCAAUGGCCAGGACUGGAUCACCAUGGUGGACAAUUUCCUUACCUUUAUCGGGGGUUGGUGAUGAUGCUGCACAUGGCGCGGUGGGUCGGGCGUCUUGUUUGACAGACCAAAAAAAAGUGAACAUUUGGAGGGACUAGGCAUUUCGGGCAUUUCAAGCAUCUCGUUUUCACACGUUUCUGCAUGAUGAUAAUGAGGAGAAGGAGGAGGGGCGUUAUGCGAGGGAGGAGGUAAUGCUGCAUCACAUACAUAGCUGAGGCCUGUUGUCCUUUUUUUUUUCCUCUUGUUUUAUUUUUGUGGAAUUGGGUUUGCAUCAAUGAUGAUUUUUGAUAAUAACAUAAAUAUACC